UAUAGGGACUCCCCCCACCUUGGACUAUUGUGCUCAUGUCUGCAGUAGAUGCUGUGCUGAGUUUGUUGAACUAUCAGAUCUGGAACGACAUGUCAGGGAUUGCUUUUCCAAUCAGUUAGUCCUGAUUGUCAAUGACAAUGAAGACCUAGUGCCGUCUGCUGAAAUGUUCCCUCUAGCCUCGUCGCCCAGUACACCAGGCGAAACAGUCAACAACUCUGAAAUGGAAGAGUGCAGUGAUCUUUUGGAGGAGAAACCAGAGGGGAAUGAAGACUCUAUGGAUGUUUCCAGAAGUAAGAGAAGCAAUGGCCGGCUAGAUAGCACCAGUAGCAGCCGGAGCAGCAGUACUGACAGCCUGACUGAUAUUGUCUCAUGUUUCUCAGUUCUCCCAAUUUCACUACCUCAACCUUGCAACAAACUGUCGGAACAGCAGGGGACAUUAUCAUGGUUCAACAGCAACGUCAUCAUUGAAAACCUAGAGAGCACUAAAGUGGCAGUGGCCCAGUUUUGCCAGCAGAGCCGAUCGGACACCGGCUACAGUGGCAGCAGUAAGAUGGCCGUCUCCUCUCUGAUGGAGAAACUCCUGGCUCUGCAGCUGCAACAGAUCCACCAGUUGCAGCUGAUGGAUCAGAUUUGUCACCAGGUCUUACUGUUUGCCUCCCAGAGGUCAGAGGAAUCAGAGUCUCCAACACAGACACCCAUCAGCUGCCCUCAGGGUAGUCUAGCAUCAACGCAGGCCAGCCAGCUGACAACCCUCAGUUCUCAUCUAUCCCAGCAGCUAGCUGCAGCCACUGGGUUAGCCCACAGUCUCGCCACUCAGUCUGCCAGCAUCAGUCACUUUAAACGAUUAACAGCAACAGUACAGUUACCACAGAGCCCCCUUGGUAGCAGCAUUGUGCACUCUAGCACCGAACCCUUACAAAGCAUGGGUAAACUCAUAGCUUCAGCAGUAAGCAAGCCCCACUCUAGAAAGAAGUACACUCAUGCUAAAGGUCUGUACCCUCAACUAAAUGUUUCAGCCCAUACCAAAAUGAACUCACCAGCACUUGGCACAGGUAUCUUGCUAAACCCAUCGAAUAAACCAUGUCUAACUCAGCCACCAUCCAGCAAUCAAACACUCUUGAGUGCUGGACCAAGCAUUGGUGCAAUUGUGGAGGAUCUGAAUUCUUUGACGGCAUUAGCCCAACAAAGGAAAGACAAACCAACCAAUGUGACUUCUUUAGAACGCAAAAUGUCUUCUGAACGGGCUUACUUUAAACACAAAUGCAGGUUUUGCGCUAAGGUAUUUGGGAGUGACAGUGCCAUGCAGAUCCAUUUGCGAUCCCACACUGGGGAGAGGCCAUACAAGUGCAACAUCUGCGGGAAUCGUUUCUCCACCCGUGGGAACUUGAAGGUACACUUCCAGCGGCACAAAGAGAGGUACCCUCACAUCCAGAUGAACCCUUACCCUGUUCCAGAACACCUUGACAAUAUCCCAACCAGCACAGGAAUCCCUUAUGGUAUGUCUAUGCCACCACAAAAACCAGUUACAUGCUGGCUGGAGAGUAAAUCAUCUCUAGCCACCUUGACUACUUCUGUUGGCCGGUUGCUCCCAACUGUAUCACCCAACUUACCUUUUCUUAUCAAGAAAGAGGAGCAGCCUGUCUCAAUAACCACGCUUUCCAGUCCAGGCGUAUGUGAAUCAUCUAGUGUGGUAAAGUCUACCAAGUGUGUUGACCUUGUAGAGCCUGGAAAAGUCCCCACCGUCCCCACCUUGAAUCUAAAAAGAGAAGAGGUUAAACCCCCUUUGACCUUUGUCUCAAAGAUGAGUUCGAGAAAAGAAGGAUCAGCUGACUAUAUAUCCGCUAACAUCACUUCCAUUAGCACAAAUCCCAUCAAGUUGGAGCAGUUCAAGAUCAAACAUCUCUUCGGAGGAGGAGUCCAUGAUCCCCUGCAGACAUCAGAGACCUCAAAACUCCAGCAGCUAGUGGAGAACAUUGACAAGAAGAUUACGGACCUCAACGAGUGCAUCAUUUGCCACCGCAUACUUAGUUGCCAGAGCGCCCUCAGGAUGCACUACCGCACCCACACAGGAGAGCGGCCCUUCAGAUGUAAAGUGUGCGGACGGGCGUUCUCUACCAAAGGGAAUCUGAAGACGCACCAUGCAGUUCAUCGUGCCACGCCGCCAGUGAGGGUCCAGCACUCCUGUCCCAUAUGCCAGAGGAAGUUCACCAACGCUGUUGUCCUACAGCAGCAUAUUCAUAUGCACAUGGGUGGCCAGAUUCCCAACACCCCUCUCUCUGAACAGAGCUACCCAAAGUCAAUGGAGUCUGGCAGAGGUUCAGUGGAUGAAAGGAAAUUAGAAGAGUUAGAGAACCUUUCUGAUGAUGAUAUGGACUUCAAUGACUGUGGGAUUGCAGGUAUGUCCAGGUUUAUUAACUCCUUAUCUGGCAGCUUGUCUCCUUCUGAUAGUACAGGAGCAGGCUCCUUUGAUGCCCGGAAGAAACUCAACUAUCUUAGGCCAGUGGAUGAGAUGCAGGUCAGCUGGUUUAAGACAAAGGGACUGGCUAAAGAGGAUCAAUAUGCCUGUGACUCAUCAUCUCUUUGCAGUGACCGAAGUGAUGGGAGACUUGCUGUUUCUGAGAAUACAGCUGCAAAGCACUUUUUUUCCCCAAGCGAGAGUGUUCCAGUAUGUUCUAGCCCCACAAGCUGUGAGGAAAGGUACCAGAAUGGUUUAUCCCAGGCACAUAUCAAUCCAAGCCCUCUGCAAUUCACUGACACUGGCAUGGCAUCUCUUCACCACCUAAAAUCUUUAAACCCACUAACGAAUCCCACUAAUAUGGUCCACACAUUCUGUGAACAACGAGGCAUUUUUAAGAACACUGCAUGCAAUAUUUGCAGCAAGACAUUUGCCUGCCAAAGUGCCUUGGAUAUCCAUUAUCGAAGCCAUACCAAGGAGAGACCCUUCAUUUGCACAGGGUGCAACAGAGGGUUCUCCACUAAGGGGAACCUCAAGCAGCACAUGCUAACCCAUCAGAUGAGGGACCUGCCAUCCCAGUUGUUUGAGCCCUCCAUUCCCAGCCUUGCUUCCAGCCCCAAUUCCUCUGCAAAUCCUCUGGCCUCCCAAAUGAUUAAGCCAGAAGUUAACCGUUUCCUGGGUAGCGUCCCCUAUGGGGAAACAAGUGAUCUUCAAGGCAUUUUGAGUUUGAGGAUGUCCUCAGCCUCCUCUUCCCCAGCGCUCGCUGCCCUGCCACCUCAACGAACUCCCAAGCAGCAUUACUGCCACACUUGUGGGAAAACCUUCUCUUCCUCCAGCGCCUUGCAAAUCCACGAGAGGACUCACACUGGGGAGAAGCCGUUCGCUUGCACUGUUUGUGGUCGGGCAUUCACCACCAAAGGAAAUCUGAAGGUCCAUAUGGGAACUCAUAUGUGGAGUAGUGCCCCCACCAGGCGAGGACGCAGACUGUCUGUGGACGGACCAUUGAUGUUUAUGGGAACCCAUCCUGUGAAGCUAUCAGAGCCAAUUCAGAGGCCAGACAUUAGGUCCGGUAAUGGAGACUCCUUUAGUCUCUGGAACCACUGUACAGACUCCUUCUCUAAGAAUUUGGCCUUGAGGACCAAUGAUAUCUCAGUCAUCCAGAACGGAGGCGGGCCUUACCUCUCUGGACCAAUGGGGCAUGGGGCCAGCUCACCUAAAGGGAGUGUAAAUGUUGGUCUAGACAAAUUUCCCAAUACAGAACACAAUGCUUCUUUGACGCUGCCUGGGGAAAAUGAUACAGAAAGAGCGACUUACUUCCGUUUCACUCAUUUGAUGGAGGAGAGGAAGGAAAUGAUUGCCAAUUAAAGAGACUGUGUAUUAUUUUAGGGAGAGGGAAGGCUGCUGUUGUUGAUGGACUAGAGCUUUCUUUUUUUGAAGGAAAUUAACUGCGAUGUUGGAAUAGACUGAGUUUCUUUGAGUUUGUGUAGAAAUGAUAAUAACCUUAUUUGGAGUCAAGUGUCUAGUAAAGUUUCCCUGCUUUUCAGUGUGCUUAUUAGAGUUUGACUGUUUUUUAUGACCUAUUUACAUGGGUAAAAUAGCCUAUUGGUUGUGUAAUUAUGCUUAAUGUUACAGUUUUAUAAUUCUAAUAGAAUUUUGAGGUGUUGAUUAUGUUAUUGAAGAGGAAUUCACUUGUAACAUACUUUGUCAUAUCUUUGUGAAACACAUGGAUAUAUAAUUGAUGUGUCAAUAUCAAUGUACUAAUAUACUUUAUACAUUGGGUGGGUCUAAUCCUGAAUGCUGAUUGGUUAAAACCGUAUUCCAGACGGUGUCUAUUCCACAAGUUACCACUGGCUAAAUCUAUGAUGUUAAAAU